GUUCAGAAUAUAUACUCGCUAUGUUUCAAGAAGUAGGUUUACUAUGCGCAUUUAUGGGUUGUGCAGGAUUUUUGUGGGCUCAAGUAGAUCCGUGUUGGAAGAAAACUAGCGCCGAUCUCAAUGUACAACCUUACGAUAUUUGUUAUGGAUUGUAUAAAGGAUGUACUAUUACGGCAGCUGGUGAAUGGAUAUGUGACCCAAACUUGUCAGAAACCCCAUUGGAUCUCGAUAUUCCAGCUCGAACACAUCUUUCACGAGCUUCAGAAAUAAUAGCUGUUAUACUCACAGCCGCUGGACUUUUGAUCGGAGGUUUAAGUAGUGAUUGCUCUAAUAUCAGCAACAUGACUGAUGAGAAUAAAAGAAAAUAUCGAACAGUCACUGGUUGGAUUUUUAUAAUAGCAGCUAUUAUGCCCGCUGGAGCAGCUGCCUGGUGGACGAGAGCAAUUGUCAUGGAAAGAUAUUGGUACAAGUACACGGGAACGCCUGGACUUCAGUUCACUAUAAAUAGGGCAAUUUACAUCACGUUUGGAGCAGCGUUUCUCAACAUUGUAGCGGGCUUAUGCUUCACAGUCUUUUCUGACAACGGAUGCUGUAAUUCAUCACCAAAAGAAGAUACAAGAUACAAUUACCAACCACCGAAAGAAAUGAAACCACAUAGGACUCCAAGUGCAGUAGAAUAUGUAUAAUAGCUCAAAAUUCAAAACUAGAUUGGCUAUAAUUGAUUUUGUGGUAUUGGUAUUAAAUCAAGGAUUUGUUAAAAUAUUAUAGUAUUGAAUCGAAUUUCACUAUAACGCAAUUAAAAAUUAGAUUUUGAUGUUUUUGAAAAAAUAACAAAAUUCAA